UUUCCCUUUACCUCUGAACGAAAGUGUAUGGGAAUUAUCGUUCGUGAACGGCGGGGGGUGGGCGAGGGCGGAUAUAAAUAUCUGAUGAAGGGGGCUGAUACGAAGAUGGCGAGUGUUUUACGCCUCACUGAUUGGUUGUAUGAAAGUUGUCAGGAAUUCUCGCAGGUGGGACUUCGAACUUUAGUAUUUGCGCAGCGGACAUUAACAGAAGAGCUUUUUGAAACAUUUUUGGCGAAAUAUAAUGAGGCCAAUGCAGACUUGGGUGACACGCGUAACAGUUCUUUAGAUGCGGCCAUGCGUAUUAUUGAAAGGGACAUGAAGUUAGUUUGCGUUACCGGUGUAGAAGACGAACUUCAAGAUGAUGUCACGACGUCACUGGAAACAUUAGGGAUGGGUGGCAUUAAAGUGUGGAUCUUAACGGGUGACAAGGUGGAGACGGCCACUACCAUUGGUCAUUCAACACGGCUUAUUCCAAGAAACGGCGUUGUGGAAGUGAUGGCGUCUUCUACAGAAGACGAUGCCAAGCGUUUUUUGGAGAAACUUGCGGCUCGUUACGCUUUGCUAUCACGCGGUGCAUGUAUUAACAGACCAUGGACGCUUAUUUUGGACGGCACCUCUCUUUCUUUUUGUCUUUCAGAAUCCAUUUCUAGAAUCUUUGUUGAAGUCUCGCAAACGGCGUAUUCCGUUAUUGUGGCACGAUGUUCGCCUACACAAAAGGCGGCUGUUGUUCACACUAUGCGAAAGUACUGCGACAAGAGGGUCCGCAUGGCUGCUAUUGGGGAUGGAGGAAAUGACGUUUCAAUGAUACUUGCCGCGGACGUUGGUAUUGGCGUGGAGGGAUUAGAAGGCAAGCAGGCAAGUAUGGCAGCAGACUUUUCCAUCACGAAGUUUGCUCACUGUGUACGACUUAUAAUGUGGCAUGGGCGUAGAUCAUAUUGUCGUACAUGCCGUAUGAGUCAGUUUAUUAUGCACCGAGGUAUGGUGUACUCGGUAGUGCAGGCGUUCUUUUCACUUCUUUUCGCAGGCACCACCAUGUCUAUUUUUAAUGGAUAUCUUCUUAUGGGGUACACCACCAUUUUUACUAUGGCACCGGUCUUUGCGCUUGUACUCGAUGAGGAGAUACGGGAGAAAGACGUCAGUGAGUUUCCGCAGCAUUACAAGGAGCUGUUAAAAGCUCGAUCUAUGAACACACGCUCUUUUUUGCAAUGGGUAUGGAUUUCUAUUUUUCAAGGAGGGACCAUGAUGUUUCUUUCACUUGAGUUAUUUAGCGAGGAGUUAUUUCAAUUGGUGGCGGUUGCCUACACUUCUUUAUUGUUGACGGAACUUAUUAUCGUGGCGUCCACGGCGCACCUCCGAAUACUUUGGGAACAACGGCGACGUCAUCUCUAUUUGUUUAUUGCAGCUGAAUGCUUUUCCAUUGCGUCCUACUUUGUGGCCGUCGUGGUGUUGCCUGAAACAAUAGACAGAAACUUUUUUUUCUCGUCCGGCUGUUGGUGGCGAGUGACAGUAAUUACCCUAGCCAUUAUUAUUCCUAUUUACACCAUAUGGUUGGUAAGCAAAUAUCUGCUGUUCAACCAGAAACUGGCAUACUCCCUACUCUGA